UGUUUUGCAAAAAGGAAUAGAAUUGUUAGAAUAAACCAUAUUUAUCCAAAACUACACAAAAGCUUUUUUUGCGAUGGAUUUGAUUUAAAUUAGCUAAACAAUUGCAAAUAUGAUUAUUUGAUCAACAAAAGAGUCAAUUAUUUUUCAGAAAUGAAUUGGGCUACUUUGGUAUGGAUUACAGGAUGUUUUCUUGUGAUAUCUGUGUCAAAAUGUUGGGGAAAAGAAGAAACUAAGGGGGAUAAAAUUUCCGAGUUGUUGAGUCCUGAAAACAUUAAAAAACUUGCUGCAAAGACGGGAAAAAAUGGUCUUUUCCGUUCAAAUGGAGGAAAUAGUCAGGAAGAAAAAAUUGCCGAUGACCUGUUCAAAAAAGCGAAGAAGUUCACUUGCACCCAUAAAUGCAGCCCAUUUAGUAAAGAAUAUGAGGAAUCAUUAGAAAAAAUGGUUAAUCUCUAUGCUGAAGCUGCAAAAAAAGUUGACUAUGAUAUUGAUGCUUAUGUUGAAAUAGCUAAAGACGUUUUCUCCAAAUGCACAAAAAGUAAAGAAGUCAAUGAAGACCUUGUAAAAACUGCAUACAUAAAAGCUUGUAAAAUAAGUAAUAAUACAGAUAUUAAAGAAUUAAAACUGGACCCUCCAAAGAUAUUUCCUAAUUUGAGAACAGAAAAUAUCAAGAAGGGCGGAGCAGGAUUUAGAGCUGGAGCUGGUGAAACUAUCUGGGAGAAUUUACCUAAAGUUCCUUCACGAGCACAAGCCCCAGAGGACAAAAUUGAUUACUUUAGAGAAGAUGAAAAUUUACACACAUUCCAUAAACAAUUCCAUGCAAUACAUUUGCGGAUGCCAAGAGCAAAUGAGCACUUUUACUACUUUCAUAGAAUGUACUUAUUUAGAUAUUUUGAUGAAAGAGAUUCUGAAGGUCUCCCUCCUGUUCGACCGUUCAGUGCUGCAUUAAGGAAUGAGGAGUUUAACUCAUAUUAUUCCCUAACUCCACAGACUGAUCCCUCUGGAUUCUUAAGUGAACAACACUCAAGCAACACUCCAACAUGCAGGAUAACUCAAGCAACAAAUGGUGUACUAGCACGACUUGAAGCCCGCUGCAACAGUAAACUAGCUGAAAGAAAUGACAACUUUGAUGCAUUCUUUGAAGAAUGUAUAGACUAUCAUAACAAUGGCCAUAAUUUGAUCAGCGCGGAUUGCAUUGUUGACAAAAGCAAAAUUGGAAUAAUCGGGAAUACGCCAGUUGCUGGAAGAGAUCCCAUGUUUUUCCGGUGGCAUUAUGAAGUUGACAUUAAAUAUGAAACCUUUCUCAGAAAUCAACCAGCAUACACCAGAGAACAAAUAUUACCACCAGGUGGUCUUGUGGUGACAAGUGUUGAGCUACAAUCCAGAUGCUCAAGUCCUAACCAGGUUGAAACAUUUUGGGAAUCUGAGGGUUCAAGAUAUCAACUCAAUCACAUGCCAUUCCAUUUUAAUAUAAGACUACGAAAUGGGAAUGGCUUAUCCAAUAAAGUAAUAGUAAGAAUUUAUUUAGUAAAUGAAAAAUUUUUAUCCAACAACAAAUUUUAUUUUGAGUUGGACAGAUUUACACACACUCUGUCAGGAGCUAAUGAAGAAACAAUUGUUAGAGCGGACAAUCAGAGUUCUCUUAUUUGGAGAAGUCGGGAUGAUUGUGGUUGGGCACCAUCUCUUGUAUUACCUAGAGGAAAGAGUCAGCAGGCAGUAAAAUAUAGGCUAGUUGUGUUUGUACACGAUCUCCCUGAUCAAUCUGUUAAUGAAGGAGAUAUUGCAACAUUGAUAUGUGGCCCAAGAGGUGGUGUUUUGGAUCCACGUCCCAAUGGGUGGCCUAUGCAAAGAGACUGGCAAGGAAUAAACUUUUUAGAUGUUAUCAACAAUCAAGAUGAAGCAUUUGGACAAAUUUCUACCACUGUUGAAAUAUUUAAUCGGGGUUUGAAUCCAACUGGUUGUGCUGAUGCUCAAUUUACUAACAAUAGGCAGACAACUCCAGCACCAUCUACCUCCACUAUUGCCUCAACACCAGCUGAGCCAGUAAGUACAGAAUCAUCUGCGACAACAAUUUCUAGUACAGUAUCAUUAACUUCAGCACCAGACACUGGCUCAAAUUCUGAAACAACAACUGAAUUUGAAUCAGCAAGCAAUCUAAUAACAACCAGUUCUGAUGACACUGACACAGAUUCUGAAACAUCAACUGUUUCUGAAUCAACAAGUUUAGAACCACUGGUAACAACAAGUUUUGAUGUAACUGGCUCAGAUUCUGGAAAAUCAACUGUGCCUGAAUCAACAAGUUCAGAACCACUUGUAACACCAAGUUCUGAUGGAAUAUCAACAACAUCAGCAACUUCAGAAACAUCAUAUACACCACUUUUAACUACCCCAUCAACUGAUUCUGAAUCAACAAGUCCUCCAUCACCAAUUACAACUAAUUCUCAUGCAGUAACACCAUCUUUAACAUCAGUUUCUCAAGCUCUGUUAUCAACCUUAGGGUCUGCUGGUGGUUUAGAACCUGAUAAAACAACUGAGGCACCUUUGACUACUAUGUCCUCUGAAUCAGGAACAGAGAGUUCAGAUGCUGGAUCAUAUGGUGCUGUAAACACACCACCAACUGAAGCAUCAACAAGCGGGGGAACUGGAAAGGUUGAAGCAUGCAUUGAUGGUCUUUGUUACAUAGUUUCAAAAGAAUGUAAAGACAAUGAGCCUUCUGCAAAACAAUUUUGUGAACAAGCUAACAUGGCAUUAGUCAAAGUUCAUGGAUUGGGAAAACUUUACAAAAUAGUUUCUAAAGCAAGAGAAUCAAUAGUCAAUGACAAAGCAAGAUUUUGGACUGAUCAGAAUGAAAAGAAGGUGAGCUGUAGAGUUAUCCUUGGAGCACACAAGGACAGCACUGUUGGAUUAGGUUGGGUACCUUGUCAGAAACCAGGUUGGGAUAAAGCUAAAUACUAUGCAUUAUGUGAGCCUCAUGAGAAGAAAAGUGGAUACUCUACAAAGAAAAGGGGUUACACUCGUAAACAUUAAAGAUAAUCAAUUCAUAGGAUGUUAAUAAAGUAUCUAUAUUAAAUUA